AUGGGAGGUCCAGGUGAAAGGCGGAGCACAGCUGACAGUGGAAAGAGGGGUCUGAUCUAAGUCCCUCCUCCAAGGUCAGCUGAUGCUGACACUGACGGAGGCUGUUUGGCGAUGGGGUGAGCAACGAGCUAAUCGGGCACUGACACUGUGAUGAGGCGCUGCCCGCCUCCUGACAGUGUCAUGGACUGAUGGGCCUCAGGGAGACCUGACAGUGACGCUCGCCCCCCGCUGACUGACAGCAGCCUCAGCCAGUCAUGUGAGCCUGACCCAUGGGUGUUGAGAGCUGAGGGUGAGGGCAGCUGUAAGCAGAGCCAUGGCUCUGUGACAGUUACCUUGCUAUACCUUAUAGGCCUCAGAUUAACAUCUGUGAGACCAACACCGGGGCGAAGCGCUCUUAUAACAUCUUACCAACUAGUAUUACCCUGGGACCGUGAAGCCACGCCUGACAGAGAGAGAUGGGAGGACACGCAUUGGGUC